CUACCAUUCCCCUGCAGAGUUCCUGCCUCCACCUUCACAACUGCAGGAGGGAGAGGUUGGCAUCAUGGACAAUGAGAUCUGUAAAAUUUAUUUCCAAUCACCAACCAGUAAAUACUCUCUACAUGAGGAUAUGCUGUGUGCAGGGAACCUCAUUACUGGAAAGUCCAUCUGCAAAGGAGAUUCUGGAGGUCCCCUUGUCUGCAAGCUGAACAAUACCUGGUUUCUGAUGGGGCUGUCCAGCUGGAGCUUGGCUUGCUGCCAGCCCAUAAGCCCCAGCGUCUUCACCAGACUCACCCACUUCUCCAGCUGGAUCAGUAAGAAGCAGGAAGCCUCACCAAAUCCUGAUCCUUCUUCUGCUCCUCCUCAGAGCAAACCUCCUGCUUUGGAUGACUUUAAUUCUCUGGGCACUGUUCACAAGCCCAGGAGCUGCACAACCCUGGUGUUUUCACAGACUUUCCCUCUGCUGCUGAUUUCCUUCAGGACUCUGUAACAGACCACAUGGUGCUCCUUUCCAGUUGUCAUCCACAAGCAUGUUUGCUUUAGUGCCAAUAGGCCCUUCAUUCUCUUAAAUCUGUCCAUCUUUGAGCUCUCCUGCCCACCUGAGGCCUACUUUAGGAUUGACAAAAUAAAAAUAAUUUAACAGGCUCCU